GACUCUACCUUUUCAUAAUUAUCUGAAUAAUUUUCAGCCGAACAGGAAAUCUGAAAAUCCAAAAAUUAACAUCUGAUGGGAAUAAAUCCGUCCAAGAAACGCCUCUCUCUCUUUCUCUCUGUCUCUGUCUCUGUCUCUCUUCUUUUAAAUUUUUUGGUGAAGAAUCCACCAGAAGAAAAAAUAAAUAAAUAUAACGAAAGGGUAUUUUGGCAGGCAAGGUAAAACUAGAUAUGAUCAUGGAAUCUAAUUUGAGGAAGGGAAAUUAAAUAAGUGGGUGAAAAGAUACCAUGAUUGCAAGCAUCUUUACUCUACACCCAAAUGAACACAGUGAUUGAUGAUGUUUUAUUAUUUGCUCGUUUUAUUCUCUCUAACCGAGUCAUAAAGCCGCCAGCUUCUGCGUCUCGCAGCGUCGCAAACGAAACAAAAAAGAUCACCUUGAUGGGCAGUCUGAUGCAGUGAAAAGUUUAUCUAUGUGUGUUUUCUUUUUCCCACAUCAGAACUCCUCAGCCGAGAUCAGAAUCAAGGUACUAAGGAUUUUUAUUUUUAUUUUUAUUUUUCCUUCUUGGGUUUUGAUUCUGGAAUCGAACUGUGAAGAAACGGAAUUUUGUUUUGAUGGGUUGUUGUUGAAGAAUUAGAAGAAGAAUAAGAAGCAGAGUUUCUCGAUGUUCUUGAAUGUGUUGUUUUUAUUUUGGGUGAGGAUCAGCUGUUGAUUUUUGGAAGUUGGAAAUUCAAUUGAGGCAAAUUUGUUGAUAUGCCAAAGCUGUGUUAGGAAAGGGGUUUGCCGUAAAUCUGUUAUUAUCAUGCAGGAGCUGAUAUAAUUUUAUGAAAUUUGUAAUUCUAGCAGAGGGAAGAGAGAAUUUUCUUUUAUGGAGAGUUGGUGAUUGUUUAGAGAAUUUUUGUGGCUGAGCAUACAGAAAAAGGGUAUCGGAUUUGGAUUUUGGGGGGUUUCAUUGAAGUUUUAUUGAUAGUGAGCUUAAAUUCUUAUAUAUAACCAUGGAGAAACAGAGCUGUUCUAAACCGCCCACGAUGGAAAAACAACAGAGUUUUCGCGGUAUAUUGGUAGACAAGCAGCCGGUUAGUAGAGGAGUCAUGGAAAAGCAACAGAGUUUUCGUGGUCUGACAAUUGAAAAACAGCCAAGUACUCGCGUAGUGAUGGAAAAACAGCAUAGUUUUCGCAACCUAGCAACAGAAAAACAGCCAGGUAGUCGUGCAGUAAUGGAAAAGCAAGUAAGUUUUGGGAGGACAAUAGAGAAGCAGAAAAGUUUUCGUGGGUUUAUGGAGAGACAAAAGAGCUUUCGUGUAGUGAUGGAGAGGCAGUUGAGCUUCAUAGGGGGUGGUGAGAGGAAGAAGAAGAAUGAAUCACCAGGAAAACGAGGAGAUUCACCGCUUCACAUGGCAGCUCGAGCAGGGAAUUUGAGUAGGGUUAAGGAAAUAUUUGAUAAUUGCAAUGAUGAUAAUUUGAAGGAAUUGCUAUCUAAGCAGAAUCUAGAAGGGGAGACUGCCCUUUAUGUUGCAGCUGAAAAUGGGCAUGCUUUGGUCAUUGCUGAAAUGUUGAAACAUAUGGACCUUGAGACUGCAUCCAUCACUGCCAGGAAUGGCUAUGACCCAUUCCAUGUUGCUGCAAAGCAUGGUCAUCUCGAGGUGCUGAAGGAACUCCUAGGAAAAUUCCCCAACUUGGCCAUGACAACGGAUUUAGCAUGUACAACUGCAUUGCACACAGCUGCCACACAAGGGCAUAUUGAUGUAGUCAAUCUUCUUUUAGAAACAGAUUCGAACCUAGCUAAGAUAGCAAGGAACAAUGGUAAAACUGUGCUUCAUUCUGCAGCAAGGAUGGGGCACCUGGAAGUGGUAAAAUCCCUGGUAAGAAAGGAUCCAAGCACUGGUUUUAGGACUGAAAAAGGGACAACGGCACUACAUAUGGCUGUGAAGGGUCAAAAUGAAGAGAUAGUGGAAUUGCUAAAACCUGAUCCCACAGUUUUGAGUUUGGAAGAUAAUAAGGGAAACACAGCACUCCACAUUGCUAUAAAGAAGGGUCGUGCUCAGAUUGUGCGCUGUUUAUUAUCAGCUGAGGGCAUUAACAUCAAUGCCAUUAACAAGGCUGGAGAGAGCCCACUUGAUGUUGCAGAGAAGUAUGGAGGUCCAGAGCUUGUUGCAAUUUUGAAGGAAGCUGGGGCCAGCCAAGCUAAAGACCUUGGAAAGCCCCCAAAUGCUGCCAAGCAACUUAAGCAAACUGUCAGCGACAUAAAACAUGAAGUUCAGUCCCAACUCCAGCAAUCCCGUCAAACUGGAGUGAGGGUCCAGAAAAUUGCAAAGAGACUAAAGAAGCUUCAUAUUAGUGGUCUCAAUAAUGCUAUCAACUCUGCAACUGUUGUUGCUGUUCUCAUUGCCACAGUUGCUUUUGCUGCUAUCUUCACUGUCCCUGGUCAAUAUGUCGAGGACGAGACAAAGGGUUUUUCGCUUGGGGAAGCUCACAUAGCAAAGAAGUCCCCGUUCAUCAUAUUCUUUGUGUCUGAUAGCCUGGCAUUGUUCAUUUCCCUUGCUGUCGUUGUUGUUCAGACAUCUGUUGUAGUAAUUGAACAGAAAGCAAAGAAGCAGCUUGUUUUUGUGAUUAACAAACUCAUGUGGCUUGCAUGUCUCUUCAUCUCAAUUGCGUUCAUUUCUCUCACAUAUGUGGUAGUUGGGAGAGAAUCUCAGUGGCUUGCUAUUUGUGCGACAGUGAUUGGUGGUACAAUCAUGCUCACUACAAUUGGCUCUAUGUGUUAUUGUGUCAUUUUACAUAGAAUGGAAGAAACAAAAUUGAGGAAUAUAAGAAGAGCUGAAAGUCGCUCCCUUUCUUUGUCUAUGUCUGUGGCUGCAUCGGAUCCAGAGAUUCUUAACAGUGAGUAUAAGAGAAUGUAUGCUCUUUAAGACAACUGAUUAGGAAGAACCCGAACUGGUAUGGGAGGAUCCAGUCGUACUCCUCUGUAAGUAAUAUGGAAUAAUUGUCUACUGCUCCCGCUCUAGUUAUUAUCAUGUGAUUGUAAGGACUUGAGCUGAGGUGUUUCACAAACCUGUGAAUGUGAAAUGAGGAAAUAGGCUCCUGGCGAAAAGGCAAUGAGAGGUGCUCAUGUUGUUAGAUAUCCACUGCUUAUAUAUAUUGCAGUUGAAGCUUCAUUGCAAGAGGAGACUUGCUUUGGUUUUCCUCAUCUGAUCAGUUCAGUUCCAUGAUAUUAGCAUUAGCGAGGAGCUCAGGUCAGGAUGUUCAUUUUACUUUCAUGCCGAUUAGAAACUUGAGUAGCAAAGUUCCAUAGCUAUCUGCUUCAAAAAUUACUUAUAUAAUAAAUCCAUUUGAUAUGGAGAUGUAAUACCAUAUUCUGUUUAUAAUGAAUCUAGAAGAGCCUUUUCCGAAGGUCUUUUCUCUGUGCUUA